UUGGAUUACUUUUUGUAUUCUACCUACUUUUCAUCAUGUUUUUGGAUUCCAUUUUUCUCGACUGUUAUUCGGAUGAUAAAGUGGAUGUGGAUGGAUAUAUUCUGUUACUGGAUUCUUUUUCUUUUCUUAUCUUGUUGUUUUCAUGGAGUAACAGAUGUGGAGAUGAGCAACUUAUCUGUCUCUUUCUAGUGUGUUUGCCUCUUGAAUCUGCUUUCUAGCUGUUUCUGUAUUCUCCAACUAUGGACGAAACAAAAAAAUCUGAAGCGCAUUUGACAUCAGCUGCGGCUUUUGUCGAAGGUGGAAUCCAGGAUGCUUGUGAUGAUGCUUGCAGUAUAUGUUUAGAAAACUUCUGUGAUAGUGAUCCUUCAACGAUGACCAGUUGCAAACAUGAGUUUCAUCUGCAGUGCGUUCUUGAAUGGUGUCAGAGAAGCUCCCAAUGCCCUAUGUGUUGGCAACCUAUUAGUCUGAAGGAUCCAACCAGCCAGGAGUUGCUCGAAGGUGUAGAACAAGAGAGAAGUUUUAGACUUAAUCCAGCUAGAAAUUCAACAAUAUUUCGCCAUCCCACUCUUGGUGACUUCGAGUUACAGCAUCUACCAGCUGGUGCUAAUGAUGCUGAUCUUGAAGAGCGUAUACUCCAACACCUAGCUGCAGCAGCUGCCAUGGGACGAGCACGCCAUGGUGCUAGAAGGGAAGGCCACAGAAAUCGGUCAGGAGUUCAUGGCCGUUCCCAGUUCUUGGUGUUCUCUUCCCAUCCCAAUUCUUCGUCGACCUCUCCACCUCAUGGUGACAAUCGAGAGGGUGAAACAGCCCCAAGAAUCAUGGUAGCUGCUGUAUCCCCACCUCCACCUGCAGGAGAAGAGUCCCCACAACUCAACACAUCAGUAUCUCCCAUACAAACUGACCAGUCUUCUCCUUCCGUGCCUCAAUCCAGUUUACAUUCUUCUAGUCAACUUGGAUCUCCUUCGAGGGAUAGAUCUUCCAGUCAAUCCGUGCCCAAUAGUCAAGAUAGGGCCGGACCAUCAGAGUUACAAUCAUUCUCGGAUUCGCUGAAGUCUCGAUUUAAUGCAAUGUCAAUGAGGUACAAAGAUUCAAUCACAAAGAGCACAAAAGGUUGGAGGGAAAAAUUGUUCUCCCGCAACACUUCAAUGUCAGAUAUUGGCUCUGAAGUUAAAAGAGAGGUCAAUGCAGGAAUAGAAACGGUAUCGCGCAUGAUGGAACGUCUCGAAACAAGAGAUGCUAGAAAAAGUAGCAGUCCUGAGUCCAGUAAUGCAGGGGAUAGUAGCCCAGUUUCAGAAUCAAAUAACAGACAGAUACCAGAGAAUGGAGGAAACAAUCCUUUGAGUGACACAAAUGAAAAAGGGCCACGCCCUGCAGAAUCCAGUUCAAGUUGAACAGUCUCAGAAUUGGCUUCACUCAAAGGCUCACAUCUUAUAAAAGGUGACUACUGCAAUUAAUUGUUUUACCUCUUCCAUAUGUACAAGAAAUGCAUGGAGUUGACGGAUGUUUUAAAAUUUGAAGAAAAAAAAAAAAGAGAAACUUCAAAAUAUUCACAAAAGUGUCUCAAGUUUUAGUUUAUUUUAUGAUUAGUUAGAGUAUAUUUAUAUAUUAGUCAGUAUAUCAUUUAAACUUGUAAUAAAAUAGCUUAUUUACUCGUAAGUUAAAAGGCCAUAUUCUGCUU